GGCCUUUUUUUAUGAAAUAUUUUCUAGAUGAAUUUGACUUGGACAAAAACUGUUCAUCCUUCAGUGGGGUUGAGAGCAGUGUGGUCCGCUCUGGCCACAGCUGGGCCAUGGAUUAUGAAAGAGAAGGGGGAAGGCUUUCUGUUUACCAUGCAUAUCAAUCAUGACGGUCAUGUCCCUCCAUGUUUUCUGAGCUGGGAUUGGCUCACAUGAGACCAACCUACCAGCAGUCUUCCAUCAUUCAUUGAGAACAAUGACGCCGAAUGACUAAUAGGCCUUGUCCAGCCAGAGAAGUCUUCUUCACUCUCUUCUGAAAGCAGAUUGGGUCAUGACCAGCAGCCACCAUUGAGCUCAACGCUCAACCAAAUAGCAACUAAAAUGCUUUAAUGACUAAGUUUGAGCUUUAUCCCAAGUGAUUCGGUAUUGUAGGUGGAUAUCGAUUUGUUUUCCAUUGGAUUACUUUUAUUUUGUGAUUUUUUUCUUCAUGGUAUUGAGCUUUAAUUCAAGGAACUGAAAGAAACAAGACCAAAAUGAAGGCAGUGAUCUUCCUCCUGUGUUUGUCAGCCUUCCACUGCCUGAGUGUCUGCUGGGCCUCAGAUCUGACAUUCUUGCUGCAACCCAGUGAUGUGAUUGCGGUGAGGGAUCGGCCCCUCAUGCUCGACUGUGCGGUGCAGGGCGAGGAACCCGUCUCGAUUGUAUGGCACAGAAAUGGUGUGCCUAUACCCAACAGCCAACGGAUUCAAAUACUAAAAAAUGGAACACUGCUAAUCCAAAGAUUCCAGAAGCGCAGAGACGGCGGCUACACGGACGCGGGCGACUAUGACUGUGCCGUUCAGAACCGAUAUGGUCUGCUGGUCAGCCGCAAGGCCAAAGUCCGAUUGGCAUUUCUUCCAAAGUUCCACACUCAUCCAAAGUCCAUGUCUGUGGAUGAGGGCGGCGUCGCUCGGUUCCAGUGUCAGAUCAGCGGAGUACCUGAGGCCAACAUCACCUGGGAGAAAGACAGAUUGCCGUUAAAUACUUCUGACACCAGGUACACACUCCUUCCAAUGGGAAUCCUCCAGGUGAUGGGCUUGAAGCAGGCAGACGCUGGAGUGUUUCGCUGUGUUGCCACCAACAUUGCAAACACCCGCUACAGCCAAGAGGCCACGCUUAAUGUAACGGGGGGAGUUCCAAGAACCUACAUGGAGCCAGUCAUUCUGUCUGGGCCCCAAAAUCUUACCAUCACAGUCCACCAGACAGCCAUCCUGGAGUGCAUCGCCACAGGAAAUCCAAAGCCAAUUGUUUCAUGGAGCAGGCUGGAUGGACGUUCAAUUGGUGUGGAGGGCAUCCAGGUCUUAGGCACAGGUAACCUGAUGAUCUCAGACGUUUCCCUGCAGCACUCUGGCGUGUAUGUAUGUGCUGCCAAUCGACCGGGCACUAGAAUGCGGCGAACGGCGGUCGGACGCCUGGUUGUUCAAGCCCCACCGGAGUUUGUACAGUGGCCACAGUCCGUUUCCAGGCCAGCAGGGAGCAGUGCGGUGUUCACUUGUGUGGCCCAAGGAGUCCCAGACCCCCAUCUCAUCUGGCUGAAGAACGGCAAAAUCCUGACGCCUGGGCAGAACGUUAAGCUGACAAAUAAUAACAGCACUUUGGCCCUGACCCAGAUCAUGUCAGAGGACGAGGCCAUUUACCAGUGCAUUGCAGAAAACAGUGCCGGAACCAACCAGGCCAGCGCCCGCCUGGCUGUAACCCAAACUAAAGACUUACCCGCCGCUCCUCAGGGGUUCACAGCGAGCGGCCUUUCCACCAGCACUCUGCAACUCACAUGGAACCAUCCUCCCGCCAGUGACAUGGACACCAUCAUCGGAUAUGUCCUGCACAUCUGCAAGAUUGGUGAGCCUGAAAGCAUGGAGCUGCAGGAGGCUAUAAGCAAAGGGACCUUCCAGUAUGUCGUCAGCAACCUGGAGCCAGCCACCACCUACUCCCUCUACCUGAAGUCCUACUCCUCAUUAGGAGCCAGCCAGCAGUCCAACACUGUGGUUGCCACAACACUAGGAGGCAUUCCUCCUGCGCCUACCUACUUUACCAAGGUGUUGAACUCCAGCACUGUGCAGGUUUUCUGGGAACUCCCCAGUAAGCCUGGUAAAGCUGAAGGGUUCAGGCUGUCCUACCGCAGGGUCCCUCACGCCGACUUCCAGGACACAAUUCAGUUCCCAAGUCACAUUAAUGCCCACACCAUCUAUAACCUCGAACCAGGUGCUGUGUAUGAGAUCAAACUGGUGGCCUACAAUGGAAACGGAGAGAGUGACUGUUCAAAAAGACUGGUGUCCCUUGCAGAACAUGGCAUGAGUGACCCAAGAUCUGGAAACAGUCUGUGCCAGUGUGGGGAUGCAGAGACCUCUCUGGGCAGUGCUGUCAUUGGGAUCUACAUUGGCACCGCCUGCAUCAUCUUCUGUGUUGUUUUCCUCUUGCUUGGAUACCGCCAUAGUCUGUUCUGCAGUAAAGGUAGCCAGGACAGCUGGUCUGUUCCAAGAACCAAUGCAGGGCCCAGCGACAGUCCUAAAGAUGGAGCAAACUGUUCCCGGGUGGAAUCUGAGGCCCAGAUGAUUCAGUCAGCACAUUGCCAGGUUGUGACUGUGCAGCAUCCUCGGUCUGGCACGAGUAACGGCUGACACUGGUCAACGAUCAACAACCAAAUCCCUUUUUUCCUUCCCCCAUCAGCCUAGAUUCCUCUUGGUAAACUCAGGUCUGUCCCCCGCAAACAAAAUACUCCAAAGGCUGUUGUUGCUACAGUAAUACUCUGGUUUCACACUCACUGAGCUCAUCCUUCUGCUUUUACUCAAACCAAAGCUUACUGCCUUUAGUGCCUGUGUACAUGGAUUUGUGCAUGUGGAAAAAAGCAGUUCAAAAGCAUUGCCACUCCGGACUGCGGAGUCUUUAAGCAUGUACCCCAAAGAAGUGCCCGUUUUUCAGUUGGGUGUUCAUUCCAUAACCAAAAUGUUUCAUCACUCAGACCACUGAUGGGGAUGCCUCACUGUAUUCAAUGGUUUACAGAAGCCAAACAUUUGCACCUGGCUGGAAUAUUCCGUGUAAUCUGUCGUUGCAGCCAUUGUGAGAACUAUUCCAACAGCCAUGCGACGCUUAGCUACUUUUCAUAACUGUUUUUAUCCUCAAAAAAAACCGACCUCUACCUCUUCUGUCUCUGAGCUACAGCUGAGACGUAUAUAAACCUAACAAUGCUGCUUGUGCCUGUCUGCAAAACCAAAAAUCCCCCCCCUGUUUUUUAAAGAACCUUUCCUUGACCAGUGACAGUCAGUGCCAGACACGACCCGAGCUUGUUUGAAAAAAAGCUAGGAUGACCGAAAGCAGGAGAACCAAUCCUGGAUUUGGUCACAAGUCGGAGCCUUUUUUCAAAGAUCUACGACAUGAUGAAAGUCUUCAGCGCUUCCAAUUCAACGUCAAAGAAACCAAAAACCAGCAUUUGGUGUCACCUUCACACCAGCUGUUUUUCUACAGAAAACAUUUCUGACGAUGUCUGAAGCCUGGAAAGGAUGGAUCACAAAGAGUGCACUGUAAAAACUAUGAACCUCUUCACUUAUAGAAACCUUCUGGCCCAGGAAGGACCGUCAAAGGAACCUCGGUCGAGCUGCCAAUGAAGUUUAUUGGGGAAUGUACCAAAACGCAGGAGCACAAAAGCUGUUCGUCUUUCCAAACUGUUCUAUGAAAACUAAGCUGAAUGAUCUUUAAUGCAUGUCUUUCUGUUGCCUUUUAGCUUAAGACAUAGUCAUCAAAGAGUUCCUUAUUGAACAGGCUUCCUCAAGCCUGAAGUGCUUUAACUGGCCUUAAACCAAAAGAAUUUCAUUAUGAUUUGGCUCCCAGUUUUCCCAAGAAUCUGUUCAAGCCCUGUAGUAUGGACAGCAUUCUAGGUCCAUUACUUUUUUUUCCAUUCACUUUUAAGAACUAAAUAAAAACAAACUAUCCUUUUGAAAUAACAGGAUCUUUGCCAAAUAUUUAGCUACACAGACAAAUUUAACCAAAUAACUGUAUAGUUUUAAUAUUCAUUGAAGAAGCCUCAUAACCAAAGGAAGAAACAUGUGUGUGAAUAGAAUGGUGUGGGUGGAUAGAAACCUGCAGGUAAACCCUGCAAAGGCACGUAGAAAAACCUACAUAAUGACAGUCUGAGCUUUUUGCAGACUCCAAAGAGUCCUAAACUAAACAACAAAACCAAAAUACUAACUACUUUGUUUGUUGAAGUAUUUUCUCUCCAUACAAAAAUCCUUGCCCAAACAAGAAAGUGUAUUUAUUAUUUUUGUUUUACAGUUACAUUUGUGUAUAAUGACACGUUUAAAGGUCAAACUUGUAAUUCUAACGGAAUGCAUUUGUUGAUUUAGUUUGAUUUCUCCGAGUCCUUUGCUGAGCUUGGUGGGCACACAUAUUGCCCAAACAAUGUAAGCAACUGAAAUGAUUGUUAUUAUUGUCUUUAUUCUUAGAUUUGUCAGUCCUGAUGCCUGUAACUGUUUAAACAUGUUCCUUCUACAGAUGCUGUGAAAAUGACUUGUAGGAUUGUUUUGUGACGCGAUCAGAGCCACAUGUCCACUGAGUGAUACAGUUCAGUUUGGUUCAGAACAUUUUGUUUAUUUGCUGUGGAAUUGCAGUGCUGUGUUACCAAAAAAUCUGGAACAAUUUGUAAAAUUAAAUGACAAAAGCACAGGUUGUAGAUGAUAGUGAGCAUUGGAGUACAUCAAAGCGUCCACAUGUGUUUUUCCCAUGUGGUGUGGAUGUUACCCUUCUUUCUGUCAUAACAUACAGACUUUUAAAUUCUGAUUUUAUAAUUAUUUUUACUGGCUCUGUACCACUUGGUGAAAAUGGCUAAAAAAAAACGUUAGUUUGGGAACUGAAGCUUUUUUAAGCAAUAUUCCCUUUUUGCUUUAAACAGAUUGCCAAUAGAAAAAAAACAUUUUUUAAAGAAAGAGAAAGUAGAAAAUUGUAGCCAAAUUUAAAUCUAGAUUUCCCUCUCCUGUUGUAUCCCAAAUUUUUACUGAAGCUUUAAAUGAAAGAAAAAACAGUGAUUGCAGAACAGAUUCUCAUAAACAACUUGUAAGCUUAACAUGUUUUCUAAAGAUGUUGUUUUACUAGUGGAAAAGAUUAUUUACAGGAAAAAAACAUCAAACUUACCAUAUUUUUUCUCUAUAUUUAUCUCUGAACUGCACACUGUCUUUUUCCUCUCAAGCCUAAAACCAAAUAAAGAGAUUUAGCUUAA